AUGGCUGUUACUAGGAAUGCUAAAUCCGAAGCCUACCUCCUCUUUGUUGCUGCAUUCUUCCUGCUGACAAAGCUGACAAAAGCAAUCAACCAUCGCCAAACCAUUACCAUACUAGCCCUGAACAACGAUGCCAUCAAAUCCAUCGCCAACAGGCCCUACGAUGAACUUAGGGAAAUCUUCAUGAAUCACAUCAUCCUUGACUACUUUGAUAAGGAAAAGAUCCAAAAGCUGGGAAAGAAGAGUGCUCUUCUCACCACUCUUUAUCAAACCACCGGCUCGGCUUCCAACCAAAAUGGUUUCAUCAACCUUACCAGGAUAGCACCAGGAGACGUUGUGUUUGGUUCAACCACCAAGGGUUCACCACUACACACCAUUGUGGCUCCUGCCUUUGGUGAUCCCAUUCUUCCUCCUCCACCACCACCGGGUUCCAAGCCACCGGCCUCUGCUCCCAAGAAGUCCAAGUCUAGCAGUACCAGUGCUCCUAGCCCCGAUGCCGAAGAUGAAUCUGUGAAUGAAGAUGACGUAGACUCCCCGUCUCCAUCCGAUGCAACAGCUCCAUCUCCUAAAGCCUCCAAGAGGAAGUCGCCCCCCAAACCUAAAGAUUCUGAUGACAAUGAUGAAGAUUCUGAAACACCUUCUCCUUCCGCUUCCUCUAGGGCAGUGUGA